GACGCGCUUUCCUGGAAAUUGAUGCCAAGUCACUUGCGGAGACCGCUUCAGUUCAAAUUGAUGCGCCGAGAACAAGUUUCGAUUCACUCAGAGGCUUCCAAUUUCCUCAAUCGAAUACAUCCAUUGUGCUAUCUGAGGAUAAUGCACAUUCUACGCCCAAGAAGGAAGCUGAUAAAUUGGCUCCUUCACCUCAACCAUUCAUCUUUGGCUCACCCGCGAACGGUGUAUCGAAUGCACAAUUUGGCAAUGCGGCUGCAUCCAUUUUAGAGGAAAUGAAUAAACGUCUAGGAAUUGCUACCGACUCGUCCGCUGCUGCUCGCAUUGAUGCAGACGGUGCCAUCAACUUUGGAGAAAUCACUCCAAGCCGCCAAUUUGCCCUCAAGUUAGGCAAUAAACGUGAGGACAAUGGGAGAUUUGGGAAGGCACACGAAAAAAUAUUUGACCACGUCAAGCAGCCUGUUCCGACCAUUGGAACGAAGCGCAAAUCAAUGGUUGCCUUUGGGGAAGAAGGAGUGCCAAAAAAGCCACAGGGAACAAAGAGAGCUGCCGAUUUCGAGGCCAACAAAGAUAAUAUUGUUCCUCCUCCACCAGCCAAACGACAAAAGGUCGAUGGUGCCACACUUGCAGAAAUGGAACAAAAGAACAAGUCAACUACUUCAGCCGUGGCCAAAAUAGGAACGAAAGAGCAAGAGGAAAUCGCUAAGAAGACGACGCGGACACAACAAAGACGCAGAAGCUCCAGGCUUAGUGCAGGAGGUCCAGCUGCACGAGCUAAAGCAGUUACAGCAGGCGCUGCUAAAGUGAUGAAGAGUAUCAUAUCCAGUGUUGCAGGAACCACUCAACCCAGUAGCUCCAAACCCACGAUUGCAACAGCUUCGAAGACUCAAACAAAACCGCUUGUUAAAGGGCCACAAAAGCAAUCCGCUUUGUCAUCUGUUCGUCCUGUACCAAUACCAGAGGAACCCUCGAGAGUCAAAGGUGACACCAAGAGCUCUAAAGCUACCUUGGCCUCUGAAGUGGCCACCCGAAAGACGCGAGAAUCCAAUCUAGUCCCUCGAACUAGUUCCAAUGAUGUCUCAGCACGUAGCUCACUGAAUCCUGGCACUCGUGCAACAAAGACUACAUUGGCCCCUAAGGCUCCUGUCGCUCCCAAAUUUACCAGAACGUCGACGGGACCCCGACGAGGCGCGCUCCCUUCAUUUGAAGACCCUAAGAAGGGUGCUCAGACCGAAGGAUCCAGCUUGAAUGCAGCUACAAAGAACUCCGGCUCUACCUCCAAGGUAUCGAGCAUUAGCAACCGCCCGUCUGGCACAAUUACUCGCCCUAAGCUCACUGUUCGCAACAAUCGCAUUUCUGGAACGAAAACGGACGCGACUAGCAACACAAAGUCUUCAUCUGCUAGGAGCAGUCUCGCUACGUCUUCCCAAACCAGAAGGGCGUCCAAACCGGCUACAAGGGAGGCUUCUGUGAGCUCCAAGGUUGAGCUACAGUCCGUUCCAGAGGCUCAAAAGCAACCUGAACAGACGAAUGACAAUCGUGAUUUCGAGCCGAAGAUUUCUCGAGACCCUUAUGACUUUGACGACUCAAGGGCCUCUUCCCCAUUGCCGACGCCUCCAGCAUCUCUCUCCUCCAAACCUCUCCAGCGACGUAAACCUCUCGAACCAGUGCAACCUUCUGAUGAGAACCCCGGGACUAACAGUUCUAUCACUUCCAAGCCUAGGAAGAGUGCAGGGGCUGGGUUGACUGCGAAAGCGAAACUCAUGGGUGGAGAGACCGCCGCGAAGGCACGGGCAAGUGCUGCUGCCGAUGCUGCGAAGCGUAGAAUGCGCUUGAGUGAGGCUGCUGCUGCUCGACGCCGAACGAUGGCAAAG